AGUUCCGGCUUCUGUCCCUCCUCGACCCAUCAGAUGUGAAUGUGAUAGCGGAUCAGCCCAGUGCGGAUGAACGAUGCUUUGAUUCUCAUUCAUGUCAACAACAAUCUGAAGAGCACCCAAACCGACGUCUCGCGCUUUCACAUGAACGGAAUAAAAUGCAGCCGGACGAUUCGCAGUAUUUGCAUCGGAAAUGUAGGAUUGGUGAUAUAGAUGUGCAUCCUACAGAAAAGGCUCUAGUGGUGUACUAUGAGGUGGAAGCAUCCAUUUUAGGAGAGUCAGGCAAUACCAGGCAUGAGGAAAAGAAGGAAUGCCAGAAAAUCAUCCGGCUAAGGAGUCUGAAUGCCAGCACUGAUAUUUCCUCCCUGGCCAGGAAGGUGGUGGAAGAGUGUAAAAUCAUUCAUCCAUCAAAACUGGCAGAGGUGGAGCAUCUGCUACUGUAUUUACAGAACCGAAAGAAGCCAAGCAGUAAAUUGGAGAAGAAGGAAAAGAAACCACUGAAACCCAGAGAACUACUGCCGUUUGAAGGAAUGGAAAUUGAUGAGGAGGCCAAUAUUAAUAAAAUCGAUGAUUACAUAGAGCUGUUGUAUGAGAACAUCCCUGAGAAGAUCAGAGGGUCCACUCUGAUCCUCCAUUUGGCCCGUAACCCUGAUAACCUGGAGGAGCUCCUACAUAAUGAGACUGCACUUGGAGCUCUGGCCCGGGUACUGAGAGAGGACUGGAAACACAGUGUGGAGUUAGCAACUACUAUCAUCUAUGUCUUCUUCUGCUUCUCAAGUUUCUCUCAGUUCCACGGGCUCAUCACGCACUAUAAGAUUGGUGUGCUGUGCAUGAACAUCAUCGAGCAUGAGCUGAAGAAAUAUGACCUGUGGCAGGAUGAAUUAGAGAAGAAGAGCAAGGCUUGUGACGAAGACCCCGACAACCAGAGCUUGCGGAAGGACCAUGAGAAAACCCUAAAGAAAUACCAAAGCUUCCUGGUCAAACAGGAGCAGCUGCUGCGAGUUGCGUUCUACCUGCUGUUGAACCUGUCUGAGGACACCCGCACAGAGCUCAAGAUGAGGAACAAGAACAUUGUGCACCUGCUGGUCAAGUCUCUAGAGAGAGAGAACGAGGAGCUGCUGGUGCUGGUGGUCUCCUUCCUCAAAAAGCUCAGCAUCUUCUUGGAGAACAAGAACGACAUGGCCGAGAUGGACACGGUGGAGAAGCUGGCUCGUCUGGUUCCAUGUGAGCACGAAGACUUGAUGAACGUCACUCUGCGACUCCUCCACAACCUCUCCUUUGACACGGGCCUGCGCACCAAGAUGGUGCAUGUGGGUUUGCUGCCCAAACUCACUGCUCUGCUGGGCGAUGACAUGCACAAGCACAUAGCGAUGCGUAUCCUGUACCACAUCAGCGUUGAUGACAAAUCUAAAUCCAUGUUUGCGUAUACUGACUGCAUCCCUCAGCUCAUGCAAAUGCUCUUUGAACAUGGUGAAGAGAGAAUCGACACCGAGCUCAUUUCCUUCUGCAUCAACCUGGCUGCUAACAAGACUAAUGCUCAGAUUAUUUGUGAGGGUAAUGGAUUGAAGAUGCUGAUGAAAAGAGCACUCAAAAUGAAGGACCCGCUGCUGAUGAAAAUGAUAAGGAACGUCUCACAACACGAUGGACCCUUGAAACAGCUCUUUAUUGACUAUGUGGGUGAUCUGGCAGCUCAGAUCAAGCUGGAGGGCAAUGAAGAGUUUGUUAUUGAGUGCUUGGGUACAAUGGCAAACCUCACCAUACCUGACUUGGACUGGGAGCUCCUGCUGAAAGAGUACAACCUAGUGCCCUACUUAAAAGACCACCUCAAACCCGGUUCAGCGGAGGAUGACCUGAUCCUGGAGGUGGUGAUCAUGAUCGGUACAGUGUCAAUGGACGACUCCUGUGCAGUCAUGUUGGCAAAGUCCGGCAUCAUUCCCGCUCUUAUUGAGCUGCUAAAUGCCCAACAGGAAGACGAUGAAUUUGUGUGUCAGAUCAUCUACGUCUUCUACCAGAUGGUUUUCCACCAGGCCACCAGAGAUGUCAUCAUUAAGGACACUCAGGUCCCAGCUUACCUCAUCGACCUAAUGCAUGACAAAAAUGUGGAGAUCCGACAGGUGUGUGACAACACUCUGGACAUUAUUGCUGAGUAUGAUGAAGAGUGGGGGAAGAAGAUCCAAAGUGAGAAGUUUCGCUGGCAUAACUCGCAGUGGUUGGAGAUGGUGGAAAGCAGACAGAUGGAGGAUGCAGAGCCAUACCUGUAUGGAGACGAUCCGGACGCCCUAGAGCAGCCUGAUCUCUUCUACAGCACUGACGGUAUGAUGCCCCCUGAGCCCGGCCUCAGUCCAGACUUCUACAGCCAGUUCCACUCUCAGAAUGGAGACUUCAGCGCCUGUAAUGGAGCCGAAGGACGUCCUGCCACUGCCUACGGCUUUCGUCCUGAUGAGCCGUUCUUCCACGGGUACGGAUCCAGCAGAUAGAGCCACUGCGUAACAGUUCGCUACAAGCCGAUUUUUAUCUCCUUGAAAACUCAAACGCUGUGAACCAACCAGUCUCUUCCACAAAAUGUGAGCCCACCCUUGGAUUUAAAGGCAGAUUUAAUGACGAGACCCCGUAAAAUUCUUGGUGAUGCUUUAAACUUUAAAUGAUUAAUUAGCAAGCAAAUCGGUAGUUCACGUACAUUCAAAUAUGAAUAUAAAAUAUAUAUUUUAUAUUCAUAUGCUUAGUUAUAAAUUGUUUUUUUCUGACUUUUUGAAUGUACACACAUCUGCAAAGCUUUAUUACAUUAUGUAAUGCUUUACAUUAUCUUAUACAAUGUAUUCAUAUUAUUUAUGAAAGAUAUAAAGCGCUGUAGUUCACUGGGCAUAAUUUGGGUUCAAGACUUUUUGAGAGACAUACAGGUAAAGUAUAAUGUGCUGCAAGCGCCACAUACCACCAAAACAACUGACUUACUAAUGACAAAGUUACAGUUUAGCUUCAGAAUAGUCUUCAUUUAUUUAUACAUUUUAUUUUUGUUUUUUAGGUUUUGGAGAGUGCACUUUAAUAGUAUAAUCACUGAACUGGAUUAAAUCUGUUCUUCAUAUUUAAAUAAUUAUCAGCUAAAAUGUUAUUGACUAUUUUAUUUUGACAUGAUUUUAUCAUGUACUUUCGGCCAGUAAAUGGAUUAUUAUAUAGCCAGUUCUCAUUAACCCAAUGACCAUAAACUGCAUUUACAGCUUCAUAAAGAUGUAGCAUCACUCACUAUCUUGCACUACUUGUCUUAUAACAAAACUAUACGCUGUGUCUGUCAGAUAGCAUAUAUUAGUAGACAUUCCUUUUAGAGAUAUUUAUGAAUUAACUACCUAACCAUGUCCAGGAUUCAUUGCUGUGAAAAGAGUCUUACAACACUAUAAGUAAGGUGCUAAAUGCUGCCUCUGUUCUUACUUGAUUAUCAUACAUUUCUGAUUGAGCUGUAGCAUGUGUCUGUUCAUUUUUAAGUCUUAUUUUAAUUUAUCACAAUGAAUUCAGGACCGCUCUGUAUUUCCAGACACAAAACGUGCCUCGUAACAUCUUGGCCUUUGCUGCUAUAAUGAUCCUGGGAGUUUGACAAAUUAAUGUGAACUGUCCUUAACUGCAAACAGAAGAAAUAAAACAAUGCACUAA